AUGCUUUACUCCUCUAUGGAAGGUGAGUUUGACUGGAAAUCCGUGGACACCUCCAACCUCCCGGAGUCUUACCGGACCAAUACGCCCAAGGAGCAGCUGGUCUUGCAAGUGGCCGACAACUUUCACCGCCAGUAUGCCCACCUCUGCCCGGACCGUGAGCCGCUCUUCCUCCACCCCAUAAACGAAUGUGGCGUGGAAAAAUUUGUGAGUACGACGGUGCGCCCGACUCUGCUGCUCUACUCAGAGUUGUACAAUUGGGAUGGCUGCGCCCGCUUCGUGUCGGACUAUCUCACCAUGGAGCCCCUUCCAUCACCCAUAGCACCGCCCAGUUACCUCUAUUCCCCGACCACCAUCCUGCGCUACCAGCGGGGCAACUGCUUCGACUUCAGCGUCCUCCUCUGCUCCUUGCUGAUCGGCGCCGGGUACGACGCCUAUUGCGUGAAUGGCUAUGCCACCCGGGAGAUCUGCAUGAUGGAUGAGUCCAGAGAGGUGUGCCCUCUCCUGAAGAAAUCGGAAGAGGUCAUCGAAGAAGCUGCCGUAGAAAAGCCGAAGAAAUAUGCUGUCAAGCCACCACGGGAUCUGAACAGCAAAUACGAGCAGCAAGAAAGAGACAAAAUAUUGGCCACAGAGAAGGCAGCGGAGGACAAGAAGAGGAAGGAGGAAGAGGAAAAAAUAGCAGAAGCCCAGAAGCCCGUUCCGGACACUCUGUAUGGCCUACGAGUCCACGCUUGGGUCUUGGUCCUUUCGGGCAAACGAGAAGUCCCCGAAAGUUUCUUUAUUGACCCUUUCACCGGGAAGAGCUACCCCACCACAGAUGACCACUUCCUUGGCAUCGAGAGCGUCUGGAACCACAGGAAUUACUGGAUCAAUAUGCAAGACUGCUGGAACGCUUGCAGGGACCUCCAGUUUGACCUUGGUGACCCAGUGCGUUGGGAAUUCAUGCUUCUGGGUGCCGAUAAGCCUCUCCUCUCGGUGCCGGACGUGGAAGAGGAAGAGGAAAUGGGGGAUGACGAAAUAGAAAUUUUGCUUAAAGAAGAGGAGCCAAAGAGUUUUGACAUGCCUGCUUCUUGGGUGGAGCCGAUCCAGAUAACUCAAAAAGAGUUUGAGACCCGGUGCCCACAGGGCAAGAAGGUGAUCCAGUACAAGAAUGCCAAGUUGGAGACAUGGUCACCAUAUCUGAACAGCAAUGGAUUGGUUACACGGCUCACUGUCUAUGAGGAUCUAGACUGUACCAAAAAGCUGGUAAUAAAGGAGUGGUUCAAGAACCGAGAAGACGUGAUGGAUAUGAGAGAACUGAACAAGCAAACAGAUUGGAUAACGGAGUUCUUCCUCCCCGGACACGCACAUGGUCUCAAAGCUCAUAUCUAUAAGACAAUGGAGCCCGAGACGGAGCGAACAAUGGAGUUCUACAAUGAAACCCGGGUAGACGGUCUUGAGAAGCGAGUCGAGACGGCCACAGAUAUGACUGAAUAUUUUGUGGGCCGCUCGGAUUUCUUGUACUAUAAGCACACGGAAUUUGGCAAAAGGGUGAAGAAAGUGUCCACAACUGCCCCAACAGCCACCAUGGAGAGCAAUGCUCGGCCUGUUUGGGCUGGGUCUCUUGAGAAAGAGAAGAAGUUGUUGCAUCUGUACGAAAUGCUGAUGAAACUUAUCGAGGAUGAAAAGAUUUCCCGGCACCAUGUCUGGGAGUCCGAGAUAGAGAUCUUGGAUAUUCUAAAACUCCGAGAGGACGAAGAAGCGGCCAGCAAGCUGAGCGUCUCCAUUUACGACACGGAGAGGAAUGAAAAGAGCAAAGAACAUCGGGAGGCCAUGGAGCGCCAGCUGCAAGAGGAGCGCCAGCGGCAGGUGGAGCAGGAACUGGACUACCUGGCGCCCUUCCUGAUCCAGGCGGGCGGCGUGGAGAAGAUGACCAAGUGGCUGGCCCUCCGCCUCAAGGAGGACUGCCUCAGCGACUUCAAGCACCGCCUCGUCGACAAGGCCAACCUCAUCCAGGCCCGAUUCGAGAAGGUACUUUCUCACUCCAUUCUCCUCCGUGCAUUGGUAUCGGGUGGGGAAUAUCAGGAUCUUCUUGACGGAGGAUGA